AGACCGGUGUUGCCUUCAAGUACGCCAGGGUCAACUUUGAAGUGAUUUCCCCAGAGGCUGGUAAAAUGAUUUGUAUUUGUUUAUUCCAACAUGGACGGUUUACUGUAAAGUGGUGGCAACGGGGGCAAAAUAAGAUUUCCCACGCUAAAAUUAUGUUUUCGUAAGUUACAUACACGGAAGUUUCCCCGGCAACUACUUAUGUUAUUUAACACAAAAAUGGCCUCAACGAUAGCUUAUUGACGGCAAAUCUUACGUCACUGCCACAUAUCGCCAUCUUGGAUGGUGAGUUCAGGGGUGGAGCGCCGGUGUCGGACAUUGGAUUCUCAGGGGCGUUCCAGUCUCGUCUGGAAUUGGUUGAUGACUGUGUUUGGCCACACAGAGCACAAAGUCAUCAUCGUGGGUUUGGACAACGCGGGCAAGACGACCAUCCUCUACCAGUUUCUGACCAAGGAAGCCGUCCACACGUCGCCGACCGUGGGCAGCAACGUGGAGCAGCUGGUGGUGAGAAACACCCACUUUCUGGUGUGGGACAUCGGAGGCCAGUCCAACCUUCGCAGCAGCUGGUACGCCUACUACUGCAACACCGAGAUCGUCAUCCUGGUGGUGGACAGCACCGACCGCGCGCGACUCACCCUCACCAAAGACGAGCUGCACCGAAUGCUCGCCCAUGAGGACCUUCAAAACGCCGCCGUUCUUGUCCUGGCCAACAAACAGGACGUGAAAGGCUCCAUGACGGCGGCCGAGAUCUCACGCUGCCUCACGCUGGACGCCAUCACCACGCACACCUGGCAUGUCCAAGCCUGCUGCGGGCUGACUGGGGAAGGCCUCACUGCCUGUCUGGACUGGAUGAGGUCAAAGGUCGUGGCAAGCUGAAAAAACCCCUGAAAGUGGGAGUUCAAAGGUUACCAUGUCAGGAUUCCUUAACAGCACAGCACUGGAACACACGCUACCUCAGCAGUCCCCCAUACUCAUUAAAAGCUCCCCUUUUAUUAAGGAUGUCCCGAUCCGAUACAGAUAGCAAGUAUCGGAUGAUAUCAGCGUGCAUCUAAAAUCUCCCAUCUGCAUCUAAAUGUCAUCCAGUAUGCACAAGGGUUGGUCUUUGGUAGGCUAUAAGCUACUAAGAGCUAGCAGCUACACAACAGCUAAGCACACAAUAGCACUCAAGCUAGACACACAUAAUAAGUGUCCUUAAUUGAACAAUAUUGCAGCCUAAAACAGCAAAUUUCUCAAUACAAGCAAGUAGCAGCUACACAACAGCUAAGCACACAACAGCACUCAAGCUAGACACAUAAUAAGUGUCCUUAAUUAAACAAUAUUGCAGCCUAAAACAGCAAAUUUGUCAGUAUAAACAAGUAGCAGCUACACAACAGCUAAGCAUACAAUAGCACUCAAGCUAGACACACGUAUAAAGUGUCCUUAAUUGAAUAAUAUUGCAGCCUAAAACAGCACAUUUCUCAAUACAAGCAAGUGGCAGCUACACAACAGCUAAGCACACAAUAGCACUCAAUGUUAGCUUAGCUGUCAGGUUUUACUCUAUCUCUACCAAGGAGGGAGAAAAAAAUGUAUUAACUGAAGAAAAUAUGCCGUCAAUUAUGGAGUGCCAAAUGGGGAAAACAUUCAAUAAAUAAAUAAUGAAAUAAUAAAAAUUGAAUUUACUUAACGUAAAAUAUUGAAUUAUUAAAUUCUUGAUUUCAUGACAUAAUGAUUUAUUUAUUGAUUUUUAAUCAUAGUGUAGUACACUAUAAUAAUGAAAUAAUUAACUGAAUGAGUGAAUAAUUGAAUGUAAUUUUACAAAGUAUUUAAUUCCAAUUAUAAAGAAUUCAUAAGAAAUGUAAGUUAAUUUUCCUUUAUUUUGUCCAAUUUGGCCUCCAUAGUCAAUAAAAAUGUUUGCAAUUUAUUUAUUUUUCUGUGAUGAAAUCAUGAAAAUGGGCGCCUUGUAAUUUUUACAUUAAGUAAAUGAAUGACACAUUUCAUAACACAUUCAUGCAUUUAUUUUCAACAAUAAUUAAAUAGUAGUUAUUUAAAUAUGUAUUUAUUUAUUUUAUUUUGUCCAAUUUGGCCCUCCAUAGUCCAUCGAUCAAAAUGUUUGCAUUUUAUUUAUUUUUCUGUGAUUAACUCAUGGAAAUUGGCACGUUGUAGUUUUACAUUACGUAAAUUAACGACACAUUUAAUAACACAUUUAUACAUUUAAUUCCAAUUAUAACUAAAUAAUGACAAGUGUCAUUACUUAAAUAUGUAUUUAUUUAUUUUUCAUAUUUUGUCCAAUGGUCAAUGGAUUAAAAUUUUUGCAAUUUAUUUUUCUAUGAUCAACUCAUGGAAAUUAGCGCCUUGUACGUUUACAUUAGGUAAAUCAAUGACACAUUUAAUAACACAUUUAUACAUUUCAUUCUAUUUAUCAGUAAAUACUGACAAAUGUAACUAUUUAAAUAGGUAUUUAAUUUAUUUUGUCCAAUUAGUUCACCCAUCUCAAUUGUUAUUGAGUCCUGCAAUGAAUAAAUCGCACUUCAUUGCGUUUUGGUUGAAUAACGAAUUCAUGUAAUUAAAUCGAAAUAAUUUAAUUAACGGCUUGUAAAUUUAUAUAUUUAAUAAUUUAAGUAAUUGAAUGACACAUUUAACUAGAUGAGCAAUUCCUGAAGGAAUUGCGUGAGAAUGCUCCAAUGCUGAAGUUGAACUUCAAAAUGACUAAUUGUUGAAGUAGAGCACACAAUUCCUGAACAGGCUGAAUAUUUUGAAGUUGGAACGGUUUGAAUCGGAUAAAAAAAUGUGGGAGUUGUGGAACUUUGAAAAAUGUCCCAUACAAAUGCAGAGGACAAAUUUCACCACAUCUAGUGUGUGUGUGACAAUCAUUGGUACUUUAAUCUUAAUAAAAAAUCUUAAUUCUUUUCAAUGGGAAUUUCAUGGAAUUUUGGGAAAAGCGGGAUUUUUUUUGAAAAUGAAAAAUAUUUUUUUAAUAUUGUGAAUGAGUUGAAAUGGUUGGUGUUGGCAUUUUUCAAAUCGGUCGAGAAAUGUUUAAGUAGUAACAUUUUUAAUCGAGAAAUGGUAUUACGGAAUUCCUAGAAUUUCGGGAAAACCGGGACUUUUUACAGUUCAAAAAACGACUGUUUUUUUGUCCUGAUUAAGAGGAAUGUUUUGACGGUGGAACGGUUGAAAAAUGUGGAAGGGUGAAAAAAGGGUUUGAAAAAACGUAAAUUCCUGGAAAUUUUUUGAACUUGGAAAAAUUAUAGUUUGAAUUUCCAGGAUGAGUGGAAUGUGUUGAAGGUGGAAUAGUUUGAAUAGGUUGAAAAAUGUGAAAAUGGCCAAUUCAUUUUGAAUGGGAAAAAUGUCCCUGAAAACCUGGAAAUCUGGGAAUUUUUGCUCAUUUGUGGACUUUUAAAACAUAUUUUUCUUGUGUAAAUAAUGUAUGUAUAUACUUGCUAUAUUUGUAUUUUGUAUUGUGAUUGAAUGUCCCACAAGUGCCCUUACUUUAGCAUAGCUGCUAUAGUGACGUUGUGAAAAAUGGCCUUGUUAUGAAUAAAUGAUGCAAAAAUAA